AUGCCGACCACAUGUGGAUUUCCCAAUUGUCGAUUUCGUUCGCGCUACCGCGGUGCGGAGGAUAACCGACAUUUCUAUCGAGUGCCCAAAAAGCCCGCCAUUUUGCGCAAAAGAUGGCUUGAGGCAAUUGGUCGAACGGAAGAGACUAUAGUCAGUCAGCUUCGCGUAUGCAGUGGGCACUUUCACGGAGGGGAGAAACAUGAGGGUGACAUUCCGGUUGCAGACCCGACAGUAGAUGAGCUUGUUCGCAUCGAAUUGCCCCCCAAAACUCCACGGUUGUCGAGCUCGGCUACAGGCCACCGCUUCGGAAUUCGUGGUUCCGGUGGUGUACGUGGAUCUCAUUCCCAAGGAACUCGAGCCAAAAUGUCCCUCCUUCGACCGGGUGUGCUCAGCUAUCUGUCCAAAGGAACGCAUCACCCAUUACUGAAUCAUAUGCAUAAGUCAAAACUAGGCUCGGCAUCAAAUUUAUCAUCGUAUCACUCACAAUCGGUUAACCUUAAUACUCAAACCAAAUGGCUCCCGGCAGAUUCGGAGGGUGUUAGUAAGAAAGAACAGGGGAUUGCUCGGUUUGCUGCUGGCAAACGGAACUGCGAUUCCAUGGAAAUCUUUCCGCCGCCUUUUCACUUGUUAAAUUCCCCUUCAAUCAAACAUUUAGGUGAAAGAGGACCACCAGUUCCUUUUCCUAUCCCAUUCUCUUUCCCAGAACAGACAUUAUUUUCCCAGGAGAUGACGUACGCGAAUAUCAAUCAAACAAACAAUAAUAUUUCAACUGUUCCAGAAGCGCCCAGGUCAAUGUCCCCUCUAAAUUGGCAACACCAGCAGAAACAACAACAGACAACAACGUCAUUCCUACCUUCCUCUCAACAGCCAGUACCAUCUGCUGUCGUUCAGCGCACACCAUUAUCUGCGUUUUCCAGCCCAUUCAACAGUGCAAGGAAAGCUACCGCAUUUGCACAACCAACAACCCAGCAACAAACAACACAGUCUAAAUCCCAAGUCCGUUUCCUCCAAGCCGAUUUACCUGGUUUUAUGGCCUCCCAGACAGGCUUGUUUGAUUCGGCUUCAUUAAUUCACCUCAAUCCACUGGUUCACGCAUUCACAAAUCUGAUCAACAGUGGAGUGGAUGUAAACUAUUAUAAUCAAAUACUGGCCUCCAUGUGCAAUGCCUUACCUGAUCCGAGUCCCCUGACUCCAAUGUUUUUGGGGUUAAAAAGUAGGCUGGCCCAGUCACCGAGUGGACCGUGUCAAUCGUCCGCGACGCUAACAACGCCAAAUACGACAAAAGCGGUGCAUACGAAGGCUACCAAUGCAACCAGCACAACCACUAGUGCAUCACUUUCGUCUCGGUCUAACCUUUCCGAUCUGACAGUCCCUACACUUGCCGCAUCAAGUUCCGACGAGCAGCCGUUUCGACCGAACUUAAUACCCAGCCCAGUGGACUCACAACAAACUAACUUGCUCAAUCUUUGCAUGCGCGCAUCCUCAACUGGCGAUGGAUGCACUAGUGGUGUCGGUGUUGGUGGCCUUGGAACCAAGUCAACAUUCAGGAACCAUUCCAGACCUAGCCCCUAUCCAACGGAUAGUGUGAUACAACGUAUGAAAUUGGGUGGAUGGACUGAUCAUACAAAUGUGAAAAGAAAAUGGUUUUCGGGGGAAAGCAGUUUAGACGGAAUUGAGAAAAGCCCAGUUGAGAAUCAAAAGGCCGGUCUGCAAUGGAUUGACAAUCCCGUUUUGGAGAGAAAUCCGAAUGGAGCUGAGAUUCACUCGGUUGCGCAACACUGUUCGAAUACAUCAGAACAGGCUAUCCUAUUUCUCGGGAACACGGACAUGGAUGUGGAACACAAGAUUUUGCGAGAUCUAUUUCAAGUGCAUCAUCUUGCUGAUCUGGAUCAAAUGGAUAUCGGGACUGUUCUAAAUCAGUCACUAUCGAAAGUGACCGAUUUGGUUAUUUCACCUGGCAAGAUAGAAGGUGUGGAACGUUUGAUUCGGGAAUUAGACGGAGUAAAAAAUAUUUUUCUGCCUGAACCAACUCAGACUCAACUCAAUCGGUUGAGGGCACAGUUUCCAGCACUAAUCAUCCGACCUAUUUGGAACCCAAUAAACCUGGAUUUGGCUGCGGAUUAUAUUCUGACCUGGAUACUAAUCGCUCAAACGGGAUCUUUUGAAUUGCUCGAUGGAAGAGUCUCACAUAUCCACGUAUCUUCCGUACAUACGACUUCGAUAUUGAGCGAUCGACGACCUCAGUCUUGGCCGUCGGUCAGUGAUGCGGAAGCUAACCUGAAAACGUUUAAACCGGCUCAUCGAGAAUACGAAGAUAUUUUGGACGAAGGACCAGUGUCGGAAAAGCAAUUAAGCUUUGGUCGUGGCCGUAUAAAUAAAAGCAGUAACUCUUUUGAGAAAAAGGCACUCAAAGAUCAAACAGUAGGAUUUUUGCAAUGGAAUCCUCUAACACUGGCAGUGGCAAGGAGGCUUCACACAUUUGGUUGUUUAUUACUGGUCGCGGAUGAUCAAUUACCAGCAGGAUCAGAUCACGUGUUCGGUGUUAAACGAGUCGCAGACCAAGUGCGACUGGCUACUCAGUCAGAUUUCUUGUUGAUCAUAGAUGAACCCAUUCGCUUAGAUAAAAAUGUGCCAACCAAUUGGUCCGAGGCCUGUAUAACCACUGAGUUGCUGAAUCACACAAAACGAGGUUCACGAUUACUCUACUUUGGAACAUCAGAUCACUCACCAAAACAUGACAUCCUAUUGCACGGUGUCCAGUCAAAAAUGAUCACACAGUUGAUUCUAACCGCUGGAUUAAAGCAACCAGUCGAUACAGCCUCAACCUCCCGAAAAUAUAUCAACUUUGGCGUGAAUUCCCUAGUCGAUCACAAUCAGAAAUCGUUUCAAUCGAACACCGAUGAUCGGAAACCUCACAAACAAGAUGAUGGCUCACCAGGUGCAGUGUCGACGGAAUCUGGUAACUGCACCUUGGCAAAGCCUUAA